AUUUUUGAAUGUUAUCACCCAAAGAGAAUGUUCUAAAUACUCAAAUGUUUUUAAUCGAAAAAACGCUUUAUCGUUGUUAUCAGUAGAAACCGCUUAUUUCACGUGUGUCACGAUUUCAAUAAUUUUCCGUCGCACCUGCAAUUUCUUGGCAGUUACUCGUCAUAAUUCUCUGACUCCUCAUGGAGUUUUGUCAUUGUCAUAAAAGAGGGAAAUGAAAAAGCUUGAAAAAUUAUCCAAAGAGUUGAAGAAAUAUUUCCUUCUAACCCAAUACUUCCCACUCUUCUUCAAGAUUAAAUUCAAUUUUUCAAUCCACCUCGCAUCAUCGGAAGAGUAAAAUCAUGAAUUUCCUUGCUGAAUCAGCGGAAAUAUCUCCUGAUCAGUUGUCCCCGAAAUUUCAGUGAUGGUUUACCCUGGGAUUCCAGUUGAAUCGCCGAGUCGAUCCACUCUAGAACCCCCGGGCAUUACUCCAGCUAUUUAUCAAACUCCCUCAUCAACUCCAUCAGUGAUUUUGCCCCAACAACAGCUGGUGUACACCUCCUACAAUGCAUACUGUGGAGUUCCCCAAGUGCAAUCGACAUUCCCAGACAUCCGAAGACAUGCCGUCACCAAUACUUCCCAUUAUAAUUUGAGAACUCAAGACUAUCGAAGUAUCAGAUCUCCCAAAUGGAACCAGAAAUCACGUCCUCGUUAUAAAGAAUACCCUCAAGUGGCACUUCAACAACCGAUUCCUUUCCCCGCACCGGUUGUCCUGUAUGAUCCCCUCCAAAAUCACCUGACAGCUCCACUGAAUCCUGUCUACCUGCCAACCCCGACUUGUUACAGUCAGCCCUGUCCGACCGAGACUUUCUCAACGUACAAUCAAACCGUCAUACCCCACACGUAUUACAAACCCCCCGACCCCCAACAAUUCUGUGUCAUCCACGACAGACCAUCUGGUCAGUCCCAAUUACCUCAUCAAGGUGUUCAACAAACCCAACAAACACCCUAUUAUCUCACCCCAUCGACUUACACCACAACAAGACCCUAUAGAAACAGCUCCACUGGUUUUUCCUCCAGUCCUGGAGCUGCUUCAUCUCAUGGACAAUCAAACUCCAAUUUUAUGGAUUACUCCAAUGAUAAAAUUGCACCAGCCCCUGGGGCUAUGAAGAUUCAGCACUCUGAGCUCCUGUAUCCGGAGAGAAAUUCAUUGACGUCUGAAAAUCGUUCAAAUCUGAAUGAAUCAGUCUUUGAGAUGAUGGAAAAUCCCAAGGCCGAGAAUCCUCCCCACACCCCUACAAAGUCCUCUUCCAAGCUGGACAAGUACUUCGACGAUUCUUCGAAUUUCGAUUUUACGAUUGAAGCCGAGAAGAUGGUGUCAGCCUUGUGCAAUACCUCUCUAGAGCUCGACAAGAGCGAGGAGCCCGCAAAAAUUCCCUUGCUGAAACCCGAGGGUAUCUCAAAGCACUACAAGUCGUGGUACCUCGAUGAUUACCCCAAGUCAUCAAGAACAGUAGAAACUCAAACAUCUCACCCAGAGGAUCUACAGUCUCCCGAGGUCAUUCGCAGAAUGAUCUACACAGGUUGCACUGAAAUGGAGAAUCUCCUGACCCCUUCGAACUCCAGUUAUCGAAGGAACUGGCUAUUGAGUCUAUCCUCAGCGACAAAAAUCGCCCUGUCGAAGUCCUCCACAUGCUUCCCCAUCUACCUGAAUGACAGAGCAUUCGGUCAAGACCUCAUGAAUUCAUUCCUCCGGAUUAGCAACGGUUGGCUAGCCCUGGACAACUACCUGAACAAACAACCGAACCUCUCCCUCUCCCAGAAGUUCGAUAAAGACCUCCAGAAGUCCUUCAAAGCUUGGGAGUCCGCCACCUCUACUCUUUUAGACAACAUCACGAAGAACUUCAAGAAGUUGGACACGAGCUCAGAGGAGCCCUUUCAAGAGAAUCCUUCGCACACCUCAUCCUUCCCCGGAGACGUCUCGCUCUACGUAAACUACAAUCUCUUCAGUAACUCCCCGGGCCUGAUGACGACCUCCCAAGUACUCAAAACAAAUCGCAACGUCUCCUAUCCAAUGCUUCAAACCAACGAGCAAAAGCCCCGAUGGCUGUCAGUGGCAAGAGAAAGCAAAGUCCGUACCAAAUGGACAAUCACCGAGAAUUCCAGGAACGUGAAUGACCUGCAGACAUUUCCAACUCACAUUCAAAACUUGAUGAUGCCCCAGCCAUCGGAGAGUACUAAUAUCGAAACGACGAUGAGCAUCUGGAGCCCCUGCAUUUCCUCUGCCCCUUUAUACUCAAAUCUCCUUUACCCAAAUCAGAAUUCCUCGAAUGUGACUCUAGUCGGUCAAAUGGAAUCGAAGAAGAUCGAUAACUCGUCUGCGGAGGGUGAAACUAUUAAUCUAUCCGCUUGGUUUGCGAGCAUGAGGAGCAGAGACGACUCGCCUUCUCCAGGAGGUCCUCAGAAUUUCUGGGGUACAUCCAAAACCUCCAUGAGCCUCCGGGAAACCCCGAAGAGCACUUUCGACGUCGUGGGUACCUCCAAGAUGGACGCCAAUCGUCAAUUGAGGACACUGAAGAACAUGAGGAUGAUCCAGAGUGCUCCCUGGACUGCAAAUCAGAUCCUGGAGGAGCAAAAUUCCACGAAAAAAAAACCAGACGACAGCAUUAAAGAUACGCAGGUCUACAUGAAGCCUGGGAGCUACAACGUCCCGAAGAAGAGGGGCCAGUCGAAACGCUCUCGAAAAAAUGACUCCUCAGGGUUUAAGAAGAACUGCCCUCCAGCUGAAUCGGUCCUUAAGCCUCCAACAACAUUCUUGGAAGCGUAUCGAAAACCAGAUGCUGGGGAGAACCCCGAAAUCACUUCGGAGAAAGGGAAUUUCUCGAAUGUCACAUCAUCAUCGUCGUCUACAUGCUCUCAGGAUGUCCGGAGGGAUGUGACUUGGAAGGCAGCUUGUGCGUCAGCUGAAUUGCUCCUCGAUGCUCUGAAUGUGAAGAAAAAGCCGAAAAUUUUCGAGCGGAAGGAUGAGGACUUCCAUUUCGGUUAUGAAGCUUCUGAAGAGGAGGAGGAUGAAACGCUAAAAUCGAUUGUUGUGGACUCGAAUGGGAGUGGAAAGGAAGGAGAAAAGAGGACCAAUGUAAAGACAGACUCUUGGUUGAUCAAGACAUUGAAUAAUGCAGCUAAAAAUGGAGAGAAUUCGACAAAAUGCUCGGGGGAUGAACAACGGAAUAGCAAUCGAAUGAGAGAGCCUUGGGCAAAGCCUCAGGAUAAUGAUAGAUCGUUUUCCCUGGAGACGAGUCAUACUGUUGCUGUCAUGACGCUUGUCGAUGCCGUGGGGAAGGCAACCUAUUCAGAGACUGUUCGGAGAUUUUCAACAACGACUAAACCAACAUCGUCGAAGUUCUCGUCACAAAAAUGUCUGGGGAGUUCUGAAUCUCCCAAGGACAUGCCCAUUUGCAGUGUGACUGAGGAUGAUGAGAGGGUAGAGGAAAUUGGUGCCAAGGUAGCUUCUGAGAAAUCUGGGAAACCGAGAAAGGGUAAGGGGCAAUCGAAUGAUAAGGGAUGGUCUGUUUGGUAUAGUUCGAGGAGAAAACAGCAGAGUAACUCCUUGGAACCGGCUACACUGGAGAAGCUCUCGAGUAUUUAUCGGAUUCUGUGGAAGAUGGAUGUUACGAGGCUAUUCAAGUUUCCAGCGGGAAGCUCCAAGGAGACUGAGAGCUCAUUCAAUUUUACUAUUGAAGAUUAUCGAAAGGUGAUCAAGAGUCCAAUGUUUCUGGAGACUAUUGGUUACAAACUGAAAAAUCAGGUCUACAGGAAAGUUGAGCACGUGAUCAGGGACUUUAGGAAGAUUGUCCAUAAUUCAAAGACUUAUCACAAGAAUGACAAAGAUUGCACUGAGAAAAUCGACGUGUUAUCCAGGAAACUGGAGGAGUUGGUGGACCAAAAUUUCGCUGAUGAUAUUCAACCGAAAUCUAUGUUAUCACAAAGUAUAUCGGCCAUUCCAGCUGCCUCUGGCAGUCCGAAACAGAUUGACGAGAAAGAAAUAACUGCGUCGACUCGACGAAGUGCACCGAAUCCUACACUCACUCGUUAUUUAUAAUAUUGUUGUGUUGUUUAUUUUUUCUUGUGAUUAUCAUUCCCACCCACAACUAGAUUUUUCAUACUUCAGAUGCAAUGAUAAUUAGAAGAAUAAUUCCCAGAAUAAUGUUGUGUGACGAAGGGAAAAGUGAAUUCGAUUUAUUAUAUCUCAAGUUUUUGUGAGAAUGGAGAACAUUUUCAAAAUCAUGUUAGAAAUGAAUUUGUGAUUAGUGAUGAA